AUCCCAGCUCUGCGCGCCUUUCCCGGCCCUGAGAGCGGCGCCCGGAAUAGCAGCCCGGUCCCCCCGCGCCCCGCCCCGCGGCUGGACCUCCCAAGGUCAUUGGCACCCGGGAUACCAGGACCAACGCCGGGCGCCCAGCGCUGCCGGACGCAGACCCGCCGGGCACCUCAGCCCACACCCUGGCAGAUGUGGCCAUGACGCACAGGCUGGAAGGAGGCCAGGGUCUCAGAGGCUCAUGGACUGAGUCCUGUGGGCUUUCACUGCACAGAUGGAGAAACUGAGGCCUGGAGAAACGGAAUGGUUGUCUCCUGGCAACCCGGGAAGAGACGAGAGGGCACCGAGACGUUUAGCCACGACUGGAGAUCACACAGCCAGCCAGGGCUGAGAUGGCAGUCCGCCCUGGUCCCGCUGACCACCACCUCCUGGGACCCCCGUGCUCCCCCAGAGCACACGUCUUCCUGCCUCUUCUGCUCUUCCUGUGGAGCCUCCUGAGCUGCGGUUUGAGGGGUGCUGCUCAGGGUCCGGGGGAGUGGACGCCGUGGGGGUCGUGGAGCCGGUGUUCCAGCUCCUGCGGCCGGGGCGUCUCGGUGCGCAGCCGCCGCUGCGUCCGACUCCCCGGGGAGGAGCCUUGCUGGGGGGACAGCCAUGAAUACCGCCUGUGUCAGAUGCUGGACUGCCCCCCAGGCGCCAUGCCCUUCCGGGACCUGCAGUGUGCUCUCUACAAUGGCCACCCUGUCCUGGGCACCCAGAACACCUACAGAUGGGUGCCCUUCCAUGGUGCGCCCAACCUGUGUGACCUCAACUGCCUGGCUGAGGGCCACGCCUUCUACCACAGCUUCGGCCGCGUCCUGGAUGGCACCCCCUGCACCCCGGGGGCCCAGGGGCUCUGCGUGGCGGGCCGCUGUCUGAGCGCCGGCUGUGACGGGGUUCUGGGCUCCGGCACCCUCGAGGACCGCUGUGGCCUCUGUGGGGGUGCCAACGACUCCUGCCUGUUCGUGCAGCGCGUUUUCCGCGACGCCGGUGCCUUCGCCGGCUACUGGAACGUGACGCUGAUCCCCGCGGGCGCCAGGCACAUCCGCGUGGCCCAGCGCAGCCGCAACCACCUGGCGCUGGUGGCCCGGGACGGGCGCUACGUGCUCAACGGUGACGGGGCGCUCAGCCCGCCCGGCACCUACGAGGCCGCGGGCACCCGCGUGACCUACACCCGCGGCGCGGGCCCGGAGGAGACCCUGCAGGCUGCCGGCCCCACCUCCCAGGAGCUCCUGCUGCAGGUGCUGCUGCGGGAGCCCAACCCCGGCGUGCACUUCGAGUUCUGGCUGCCCCGGGAGAGCUACGGCCCCUUCCAGGCUCGGGCGCAGGCCUUGGGCUGGCCCCUGCGGCAGCCUCAGCCCCGGGAGGUGGAGCCGCCGCCCGCGGAGACCGCCGUGGCCCCCGAGGCCAGCCCGGCCCGGGUUGCAUCGCUGGCACCAGACACCUGCGGGCCGUGUCCCGACAGCCGCGGUCGUGCUCACCGCCUUCUCCACUACUGCGGCAGCGACUUCGUAUUCCAGGCGCGUGUGCUAGGCCGGCACCGCCAGGCGCAGGAGACCCGCUAUGAGGUGCGUGUCCUGCUCAUCUACAAAAACCGCACCCCGCUGCGCUCUCGAGAGUAUGUGUGGGCGCCAGGCCCCUGUCCCUGCCCCUCGCUGGCCCCCCGCCGGGAGUACCUGUUGGCUGCCAGGCGGCUCGUCAGCCCCGAUGGCACACAGGACCGGCUGCUGCUGCCUCACGCUGGCUACGCCCGGCCCUGGAGUCCGGCAGAGGACAGCCGAGUCCGCCUGGCCGCCCGGCGCUGUCCAGCCUGAACCCCUGGCGCUUGGACCCUCGCCAGCUCGUCCCGGUGUCCUGGCUGGCCUGGAACUCGCCGUGUAGACCAGAUUGGCCUCGACGUCACAGAUGCCCCUGACUUUGCCUCCCAAGUGAGUGCUGGCUAGAAUGGAAGGAGCUCCCUAGCUGAGGACUUUCAGGAGCAUCACAGUCCUGGGCCGCCUUUCCACUAAGCGACUUCUGUCGGUCGCUUUAAAAAUUACCAUUGGGGGCUGGAGAGAUGGCUCGGUGGAAGAGCGCUGACUGCUCUUCCAGAGGACCCAGGUUCAAUUCCCAGCACCCCCCUGGCGUCUCACGUCUGUCUGCAACUCCUGAUCCAGGGGAUCCAACACCCAACAUACGUGCGGUCAAAACACCAAUGUGUAUAAAAUAAAAAUAAUUAUAGAAAUCA